AAAAAUGCCCAAGCCGAUUGAAAUUUCAGUCGGAUUGUAAAGGGGGUUUAUGCCGUUCGUAAUCCGUUUAAUAUGACAUGUAAACACUUGAUCAGAUUAAAAACCGAAGUAGGAAAUUGUGCGCAUGUGCAAAGACGACACUGGCUCGUACGAGGAUCAUCUCGCUGCGACCUGCGGUGGAUGUCCAACCGGUCCCACAUCCAAGUGUGAUGUCAUAAGCCACGCCCAUGUCAAAUACGUCACAUUCAAAUGAACGUUGAAGUAGUAAGACGCCAACACAGUAGGUGGCGAUAAUAGACAUUAUUGUUAGUUGUUAGUGUUAGCUGAAAUAAAACCAAAAAGAAGAAGACGAAAAGGAAGCAGAAGCAUCUGUGAGAAAGUGAGGUGAAUUAAGUAUUAUUGCUAUGUCGCCACCUCAUCUCCUAGACCCAUUUAUGACUCUACCAGGUGACGCAGCAUCUAAAGACAGCAUCCUUUUCCCUGUGUGGAAACCUGGACACUGGUCUCUCAGUGCAAGUCUUAGCACUGCUAUGGUUCAGUGGUCACAGACAUGGCACGUGAGCUCUUGAUCCAGCAGUGAGACGGGGCUGUUUCACACAAAAACACAAUUAUGGCCAGAUCUGGUAAUUUAAUCCACAUUAAAUGUAAGUAUGGUGUCUGUGGUUAGCAGUGAGUUCCCUGGUCCUCCCUGUGACCAAGGAUUGUGUGACACCAGCUUGUGCCGGCUAUGUGAAGCAAUGCAUUUAUGAAUCAAAUGAUACUCAACACUGUGUUCUUUACAGGUCCUGCUUCCAAAGCGAUUAUGGAUUUAUCAGUUUGACUCCGCCAACUCUAGUGGUUUAGGCGACAUUAACUAUUUGAACAUGUUCAGGUUGAAUUUCUAAAUACUCGGAACUGUUCCAUUUUCCUAAUGACAUGCUGUUCUGGAAAAAAACGUUCAUUGUUCCUUAUAAGUUCAAGUUAUGUUGUUUUGAAGGUUGAAUGUUGUUUGAGCUUUGCAUGAUGUUCCUCAAAUGACAUUCUCCUUCUUGUUCUUGCUCUGAAAGUUAUGGACUGCUGCCCUUCAAACUCUUGUAGGUUCAAACAGUGUCAGUAAUCUGAGCCUCUUUAUUGGCCCCUCAGCUUUAUUUGGCACUUGUCUGUGGCUUCAAGGAUGGGUGUGAUUGGGUGAGUAGUGGGGCAACAGAGUGCAAAAUCAUUACACAAUUGGCUCACUUUGUGCUCAUUUUUUUAUGGCCAUCACUUUACAAGAUGGCUGCCAGUUGUCUUUUUGUAGAAAAUGUAAAUUAAACUAAAAAUAACUAAAAAAAAGUUAUUGUCACUUCAUGUGCACAUCAUCUGGUUUAAUAGGAUUUUUAUAAAAAUUCACUUGAUUCAACUUUCCAGGUUGGUUUCAUGGUUGCGUCAUUUGCACUCGGCUGCCUCACUUGUUCUACUAAUUAAACUAACCACUUUGCUUGAAAUGACUUUCAGUUUAACAAAAAAAUCUAAAUUAAUUUUUUUUAAAUAUUUUCUUCUAAAGCUCAAUUGCACUACGCUUGCUUCCUGUAAGGUCAUGGAAGGUCAUCAAAACUAAGGUAUGCAAUGACAGACACGUUUUACCAGUUACACUGCAAUAAACUCAGAGAACAGUUUUCAUCAGACAUCAUCAAACCAGCCAAAAGAAUUAACAUCAUGAAAUUCACUCAGGACGUUUCGAAUUUUAUGAACUGCCCGUACAGAUCAAACACAAGCGAGCGAGAGUUAAACAAGAUUAGACUGAAUCUUUAUUGUAAUGCCACAGGAUCUUUAUUCCUCACCAAACACAACACAGCUGUCAACGAAGAGAUGCCAUACGAAACAAACAUGGAACUCACACACAAGAUAGAUGAAGAACUUCACAAGAUGCUUCCUGAGGAUUUUCCUUGGACGUCUGGUGGUUUGGGCCGUUGUGCUGUGGUGGGCAGCGGGGGGAUUCUGCAGAACAGCAGCUGUGGACCAGAGAUUGACAGUGCAGACUUUGUCAUAAGGUUUAAUUUGGCUCCAGUUAAUGACAGUGAUGUUGGAGUGAAGACGCAUCUGGUGACCAUAAACCCCAGUCAGAUAGAGAAGAAUUACGACCUGAAUCAGGACACCGAUCCGCUGGUGAAGCACGUCAGCAUGUACGGGAACGCGCAUCUCAUCCUCCCAGCCUUCUCCUACCUCCCUAACACUAAAUAUGCCAUGACAGCUCUUCAAGCCCUUCGGCCAAUCAGACCCCAGCAGCCGGUGGUGUUCUUCAGCCCCUCUUACCUGCGGAACCUGGACAAGUUCUGGAAGUUGCGUGGCCUGAAGGAGAUCCGCCUCUCGACGGGGUUCAUGUUGAUCAACGUGGCACUGGAGUUGUGUGAGGACGUGCACGUGUACGGCUUCUGGCCGUUUGACAUCGACCCGCAGCAGCGGCAGGUCCCGCAUCAUUAUUACGAUGACAGGGGCCCGAGCCGACGCAAGCACCGCAUGCCGGAGGAGUUCCUGCGUCUGCUGCGUAUGCACAGCCAGGGGGCCCUGACACUGCACCUGCAGCCCUGCACUGCCUGAACCAGACACACACACUGACUGACUGUUACACACACACAAACACACACACACACAAAAACACACCUGAGGGGCCAGCGCACACACACACACACACACACACACACACACAAAAACACACCUGAGGGGCCAGCACACACACACACACACGCACAAAAACCACACAAAACACACCUGCAG